CCUUUUGUAUUUCACCCCAGGCUUUAUCUACAGGUUGGAGCGGCUUCCCAUUCACACUGCCGCACCCAAGAUGAAAACAAAAGCGCGCCUGCUCAUUUUAUUUUUGAGUGUUUCUGGCGUCUGUGUUUUUUGGAGAGAAGUGUCACAAUACGUUCCGCCUCAGGAACAAAGAUCCUGUGCUUGUGACCGAUGUCUAUUUGAAAAUGAUACGUUGGCCAUUGAGCGUUUGAGGAAGUUUCCACAACCAUUUUUAUCCAGCAACUACAGUCUGCCAGAAGAGGAUUUCAAAUGGUGGAGGGUCAUACAGCGUGGAGGCGGUAACAUCAGUGAAUACAGACAAAAGAUGUCAAGGGUUUUUCAGCUGAUCCCAGACAACCCUCCUCUUGAAGCAUCCAUCCCCGGCCACUGCAGGACUUGUGCUGUGGUGGGAAAUUCACGUAAUUUGUUAAAAUCACAUUACGGACCUCUCAUAGAUUUCCAGGACUACGUCAUAAGAAUCAACAGGGGUCAUUCCAAAGGCUUUGAAGCAGAUGUCGGGAACAGAACAACUCAUCAUGUCAUGUACCUGGAGAGUGCUUCUCAGUUAGAUAACACCACUCGUCCGGUGCUGUUUACCUUUAAGAUACAAGAUCUUGAAUGGAUUACGAGCGUCCUCAGCACACAAGCUUCUGGAAAAAAAUCCUUAUUCAACAAGGAUUUGGCGAUGGUCGUUAACCCAGCUUUUAUGAGGAAUAUUCAUCAAGUGUGGCUGCAAAAGAAGGGCGCUUAUGCCUCCACCGGCUUCAUGGCUUUGGCUCUUGCCCUGCACAUUUGUGACGAGGUCCAUGUGUUUGGUUUUGGAGCAGACAGUGAUGGAAACUGGAGUCAUUACUGGGAUAAAGUCCCCGAACAAGAAAUAAAAACUGGAGGACAUCCUGGAAAAGUAGAGUAUGAAAUGAUCGAGGAGCUGGCAAGUCAUCAAAUACUCAAAUUCUAUACAGGGAGGUAAUGUUUCUCUCAGCAUUUAACUUAAUUAAGGCUUUACAACGGAUCGCUUACCAAGCAAAUUAAUGCGAAUGAAGCGAAGGAAGGCGACGCAAAUUAACGACAAAUUUAAAUGGCUAAAGGUAAAGUCUUUGGAAGGUUGUUAGUAGAAGUGCAUGCUAUAGCUUUACGUUUUUUAGAGUUUUCCAUUCAUACAACCUCCGUGUUCUGACUCUACCACCCGAGUACUGAAGUUAAAGUCGAGACUCAUCAGACCAGCCAACGCUCUUCCUGUCUUUUAUUGGGAAAUUUUGGUGCGCCUGUGCGCAUUGUAGUCUGUUUCCUGUUGACAUUCUAUCCUCUCGAAGCGGUCUGUCCACUCUCCUCUGACGUCACACAUCAACAAGGCUUUUUUGUGCUGCUCACUGGAUAUUUUCUCUCUUUCUGACUAUUUUCUUCAAACCCCAGAGACCCUGAUCCAAUUUGCGUAACCAUCAGUUCAUCAGUUAUUUAACAUAACAGCCGAACAGCCCGUUUUUAAUGUCACCAAUGUGUUUUUUGGUUUGGUAAUUCAGCUGUUAUGUUGGAAAUUGAGUCAGACAAUAGAUGACGCAUUUCCCGUCAACUUGCUCAGCAACAUCCGCGACAGAGUUAACGUUGGGAUUUUAGAAAACAGUCUUUGGCAGAUGAAUGUAAGCCAAUGAUGUUCUAUACAACUGUUUUGCCUCAACGUUUUGAUCAAUUUACUUUAUUCAACCCGUGGUUUCCUUUUACGCCAGGUGAAGUGCCAUUGUGGAGGCUGGCUUGAAGUCUUCUUUUUCUGUUUGCCUCGCUGUCUCUGUUCUUGUUUGAAUAUGUUCACAGUUCCUAUCUAUAAUCAUUCAAGAUUAACUUUUAUUUAUAUAAAAUAGAAAAGGUAUACAAAAUGAAAAUGGAAUAUUUAUACUUUUCUUACUGCUUAUAUUUAUUAUUUUAAGGUUCUGUGGAAGAACAGUGGUAUAAGUAGGAUCUUUGUCUUCAAAGUCAAAAAUCAUCAAAACAGGAUAUUUUAUGUUUGCAAACAGGAGACAGAGCUGACACACACUCAUCCAUCAAGCCUACUGAAAGGUUUUCCUUUCCAGCACCGACAUAUACAGUACAUAUACUAGUAAAAGGUAUCAUAAAAAGGGAGGUUCAAUGAUCUCAUCGUACAAGGACCUUCAUGUUCUUUAUCCUGAGACAUACAUCUGAUCCCCAUGAGACACCGAGUGGCCUUCUGGACACCGGACAUACACGUCACACGGUCAUCUUAUCUCAGCUGACAUGUCAUACAUUCAACUUGUUGUACAAACGAUAUCGAUGUAGUCGUGUGUUGUUUUGUCUGCUCCUCCCUCCUAUUAUCAAUACAUGACAUUGCAGUUUUCCAACAUCUUUUAAACGUACUUACAUCCGUUCUACAUCUCCAUGUUUUCUGUGAUUUUUAUUCUUGUUUAUUUGUAUGUUUGCGCAGAACAAAGUGGAAUGUAAUAAUGUGAAAGUAACAAUUUUACACCUUUUUUUACAUUGCAAUAAAUGUUGAAUAUUGAA